CCUAUAUUAAGCAGAAAAGAACUUUGUAAAGGUUUGAGUUAAAAUAAUACUUGAUCUAAAGGUCUUAGUUACCAGGUCACAAAAUCUCAUAAAAAAGGUGUACGUUUGAAAUAUUUUGAAAUAUUUUCAAACCUGUGUAUAUAACAAACUUGGAAGUGCAGUUUUUAUUAAAAACUUCAAACAGAGAUUAUCAACAAACUAGAAAACGAAUAGGAAUUCCGCGUGAAUUGCGGAGAUUAAGUUAUUACAAACUAAUUUAGGAUAUCGUUCCAAAAAGGUUAUUAAAAUAGAAAUGGAAGAUGACUACCAGGAUGGACCAUUCACAGUGUGGCAAAAGCUUAAUGAACCUACUGUGGUUUUAUUUAAUAAUCUAGAACAUGCUGUAGAUGGGCUGGACCGAUUAAUAACAUCAAUUUUAAAAUUUUCUGGAGAUUUUUCAGAGGAUUUAGUUCCAAGAGUUGGUUACGAAAAAUACCCUGAAGUCUACUAUAGUGCAUUUAAUACAUGGUUAAUUGGAAGGCUAUUUUACAUUUGGUCAGAGGAAUACCUUCUUAGAAUACACACAGCAAGUAAAGAUGCUCAGUUAAAAAUAUUGAACAUAUUAUGUAUUGGUAAUGCAUCAUUUUACAGUACGAUCCAAUCAGAAUACAUAUCGGCAUUAAAUACACUUGUAAAAUAUUAUGAAGAUUCAUAUUUAAAUAGCAAUAUAGAAAUAACAUUACCACACUUUGCUCCAGAAAAAGUGGAAAUCCCAUUUGUGCAAAUAAAUUUGGAUCCCAUAUUUGUCAAAGUAAAAAAUUUGAAAACAUGUAAACAUUUGAUAAAUUUAAUACUACAGCUUCUAUCAGACAAUUUACCCAUAAAUUCUAUGAAAAACUCUAUAAACAACUUUCAAUAUAAAAGUGUACUCAAACAGGGUUUAUAUAUUUUAGAAAAUUUCAGUGUAGAUCUGAAAUUAAAUUCUUUAAAUUUUUUUUCUAAUUUAGUUAAGAAUUAUAAGACUGUUGGCAUUGCCAAAUUUCAAUAUAUUUUUGCUGACGAAUUCAGAGAAGUGCUAAAUUGUCUAGAAGCUAUUGUUCACUCCUUAGAAAAUUUCUAUGAGCAAGGUGAAAUAGACAAUAUCUACAUUAAAGAUAUAAAUAAAGUAAUAGGUGAACUCAUAAGAGAUUCUGCUCAGCAUUUAAAUGAAGAACAUAAAAGUGUUGUAUCGAGUAUCUGUAUAGUAAUGUUGAAGACAAAGAGAUCAGAUAUAUUCAGCCAUGAACUAAAACUACAGUGUUUGGCACUAAGUCACAAAUUGAAUUAUCCUAAAGAUAUUAUUAACGUCGAGAGUAUGGUUGCAAAAGAAAUAGAUGCCGUUUCUAUUUACUACUCUAAAAAUAUCAUAAAGCAUGUUAAUAAUACUAAAGCAGUGGAUCUAAAUGAGAAUUGGUUUUUUAAUCAAUUAAUAAUGGUUGUUAAAACAUUACAAUCAUGUGAAGAAACAAAUACCGAUAGCUUUAUCAUAAACCAUCAUUUGGAGCGAUGUUUCUCUUCUUUAAGUAUAUUACAAAAUGGACUUCUAAAGAGCGACAGAAGAGCUGCAUUUCAAAGUCAGACACAAUAUACUACAACUACAUUAAAAUCUCUGCUAAAGCUUAUAAAAUUGCACAAAGCUGUUCUAUUAGAUGAUAAAAAAAGUCUCGUAAUAUUUCUAAAUAUAAUACUUAGUGUAGUUGUACUUAACUCGAAUUUAACAACUACAGAAGGUAGUAAGAUUCUACAAUUGUUGUGUUUACAAAACAAUGUACAAUUUAGUGAAAAGGAUUUAAGGUUUGAUAACAGCAUAAAGAUUGUGAUUUUGAAAUAUUUACUGAUUAUAAAACUUAUUCUGAAAACAAAAUGCACUGAAACCUGGAACAUAAUAAUAAACUUUUUAACAGAAACAAUUUUUAAGGAGAAAAUGAAUUUUAAAAGUGAAGUUAUUGAACUAUGUCCCUUGUUACAAUUAAACAAAACAUAUUCAGCAAGUAGAUUAAUUGGAGAUGUUUUAAUGCCAUGUUUCCUAAGUAAGGAUCACCACAUACAGGCACAAGUUUGUCACACUUUACCAGCGAUAGCAUGCUCGUCAUUGGGUUUAUAUUCCGCUAUUCUUGAUACCUAUGAAAAUAAUAUAGGACAUCAGAUAUUUUUAAAUAGUGCUGUAAAUAUAUCUGUGCUAUGUUCAAAAUGUCAUCGAAAAAAUAUAAGUAAGGAAAUGAAUAAACCCAAUAGUAAUAUACUGGGUGUUGAGAUUUAUAAGGAAGACAUAUCAACAUCUUCUAAUCAAUCCACAAUAGCUGGUUUACAGUCUUUAUUGAUAAAAUUUUUGAAUUACAAGCAGUAUGUUGAUAUGAAAAAUGUGGGUGUUUGGAAUCUUCUGCAAUGCUUGAGUUUUCAUUUUGAUGUAUUCAAAUAUAACGGCCCAAAAGAACUAAUUUGUGAAGAAAAUAUUGAGUCAAUUUUGGAAGUAUUUAAACCAUUUAAUGAGGAUUUGCAGGACAAUGAUGAAGAGUUGAAUUCACGGAAGGAUGUGUUUUUUAUUACAAGUGUAAAUUUACUUGCAAGUUAUACAAAAUCUAGUUUGGAGAGCAAUAACCUUGGGAAUCAAACAAAAGCUCUAAAUAUGAUAGUAGAUUUAGGAAUGUGCCGAAAUGAAAAAGUUAUUUUGCCCACAACUAAAUUAUUGAUCUAUUUUAUAAUGCAUCCCCAAUGUCCUGUUGGACCUAAAGCCGUUGUGUAUUUGAGAGAUAUCUGUGAAGCUCAUGAAUAUACUUCAAACCAGGUUUACCACAGAUAUAAAAAAGACUACUGUCGCCUUUUUGUUGAAUGCAGCUUAUAUAAUGGGAAAGAUUUCGCCUUGGCCCUUUCCAAAGUUGUUAGGGCAUUUGGAUUCGUUGGUUACCGCGAUUUUAUAUCAAAAGAUGUUCGCCAUUUCCUUCCUUAUCUGAUGCCUUACUCUGUGACCAUCAAAGAAGUGCCUUCAAUGAUUGAAGAAUUUGCAUCUUUAGUGCAGUUUCCUGUUUCGGAUUUUUUGAUCAAGAGCUUUGCUCAUAUUUAUGUUUACCUUUAUUUGAAUGAAACGGAUUCCGUCUCGUCUAAAUGCUACAAAAUUAUCGAAAGAUUAACGAAAACUACAAUAUCUAAUCUAAUAAAUAAGCAUUUCAGAAUAAUACUGACAGAGUUUUUGUUGCAAUACUGUUCUUGUCCUGAAAAAGUACUAAACGCGUGUAGGUACCUAGCAUGCCACGAUCCUGAUGUGUCUACUCCGACUGGUACAAUGAGUAUGAGUACCUCUCAAAUAGCCGACUUCUUAAAUCCAAAGUUCUUAGGAGUGUUGGCUUACUUUGAUCACAAUUUAGUCAAUGCUAAAGUAGCGCAAUCUGUAAAAAGGAAAGCGUUAAAAAGCUUUCCCGAUAUAAUGCAAUUAAUGGGUGUGAAAUACAUAACCCCUCUGCGUUUCAAAGUUUUAGCGACGCUGCGAUCGGCCUUGCCGUUGGCUAAAGAAUAUCCCAACAUUUUAGCUGAAGCUUGGAGUGCUUUUAUACAUCAAAUUGAUAGUGCUGCAUUAGGGCCUUUGUUAUCGAAUUUAGCAGUAUCAUUACUCCAGCAAAUUGAAUACGCACGCCAAGAAGUAAACCAGAUCUUUCAUUAUCUGGUCAUAAAUAACGAAAAUUUACUUAGCCGCCACAUAUCUGAUCUGUUCUUUGUAGAAGAUACCCAAAUAUCAGAUAGGAUAAAAACAGUAAUCAAAAUGCACGUAAAAAGGACUCAGCCUGACGGAUUCCUGGACAAAAUUGAAUGGUAUCUUAAUCAACUUAAUCAGAACAUUCCAAUGAUUAAAGUGUACACUUUUAAACAUUUAAACAAAUUGUUGAAGAAUAAUCGAACGGAAAUUCAUAAAGCUAUAUUUGGUGGGAAAAACAUAGAUCCCGUCAUCGUGAAUCUAAUGGACUCUUUAUUGAUGGGCUGUAAAGACACAGAUCCUCAAGUGAGCGAAGCCAGCGGUUCUUGUUUAGGGCAGCUAGGCGCAAUAGAAGCGGGACACUUACCACGUCAAUAUGUAAAACCAGACAAAUCGCCUUUUGCCUUCUCCAUAGUAGACGAUUGUUUUACUACAGCCGCUUUAAUGGAACUUACUAGAGCUUUUCAGUAUGAAAAGGACACUAAGAAUAUGGAUUGCUACGCAUUUACCAUUCAGGAGAUAUUAAAGAUUUAUGAUAUAUCACCUUAUGGAAAGAAAAGGGAUGUUUGGAACAGUUUCCCCGAAAACAAGCAUCAAAUUAUGUAUCCUUUGCUCAGUUCAAGGUAUAUGUUAACAAAUCCAUCGCAACCCGAAAAAACACAUCCGCUUUUCGGUUCUUCUUACGCAACCACAUUUCUCGAAUGGGCGCACAAUUGGGCGGCUCAGCUGAUUCCGCUUAUUGAGACUGACAGCGUCCGCGAAUUAUUGCGCAAAGUACAUCCAAGCCUAAAGUAUGACGUCAGCACUUUAUUCCUGUUCCUACCCUAUGUGUUGCUCCACGCUGUCAUGUUCAAAGCAAACCACCAGUAUAUACAGGAAGAAAUGAUGGCUGUCAUCGGUUUGGACAAUGUUGAACAAAUAGAUGAAGUAACAGAACGUUCUAAGCACGGAAUGUUGCGACACAUCAGAACGACACCCAGUAUUGGCACAGUACAAGCUGAAGAAGGAAAUGAGAGUAAAUGCAGCAAGACUACUUACGCGUUAUUGGAUUUCCUGAAUAGAUGGCUCUUGGAAUGGGCUCAUUCAAAACAAGGAUCACUGGAGCACGAUAAUUAUAAAACUAUAAAUUCGUUUGUCAAAAAAUUCAAUAAGCUCACAAUAGCCCGUGGAAAAUUCGCUUGCGGCGAAUUAGAGAGGGCGUUACAAUACUUGGAGUUGUAUAUAGAGGAAACCGAUCGAAUGCAAGAACAAUUGCCUUUCAUGGCUGAAAUAUACGCGUUAUUAGACGAACCGGACUCUAUUGCUGGUAUAGUUUCUCUGAAGAGAUCAGAGCCGUCGUUGAAAGAAUUAAUUUUAGUUCAGGCAGUGACAGGUCGUUUGCAAGACGCCGCAUUAUGUUACGAACGUAUUGCCCAAGAGGGACAGUUGGACAGAUCCAGUCUACAGGGUAUGAUAGACUGCUAUCUAGGCUUAGAUCAGCCGUUCACGGCGUACCGCUUGAUAAGCGAGCACGAAGCUGAAGAUAUGACGGAACUAGCUGCGGAGCCGCUCUGGCGAUUGGGACGCUUCGAGCAGCUCGAGGAGCUGGUCAGCCAACCUGUGCCAAUUUGCAAAGAAAACUGGGGUGUGGUCAUGGGUCGAUUGCUACUAGCGUACAGGAAACAAGAUCACGACAACUUCGUUGUGUGUUGCAAAGACGCUACCGUGAGAUUGUUAGCGCAAAUGGACGGCGAGAGCAAAGGCGAGAGCGCAUUGCGGAGCGGCUACCAGAGCGUGCUCGGACUCCACAUAGUUACUGAAGUCGAACACGCUGAGGAGGUUCUACGCAGGCUGAAAGAGUUGCAAGACGGGGAUAGACGGAGCAAUGUAAUCAUAAAUCAGUUGUUAGACGAAUGGCGUCGUCGUAUUUCGGUUGUGCAGUCCGACGUACGAACCAUCGAACCCUUGUUGAGGUUGAGAAGAAUUGUUUUACAGCAAGCGAAGGAGAUCCUCGAACCAAGUCAUCCGAUGACCGCGAAUACGUUGAAAUCGUUUAUAGGUGACCUGUGGCUGCAGAGUGCGAAGCACGCGAGGAAAGCUGGUAUUUUCCAACAGGCCUACAUGUAUAUAUUGAAUGCCGAAGAAUACCAUCCCGAGGAAUUGUUUAUUGAAAAAUCUAAAAUGUACUGGGCCCGCGGACAGAACGAGCAAGCGUUCAUAACGUUGAGGCGCGGCCUUGAAGACUCUUAUCCCGCUAUUGAAACGCUUUCCAAGGAACAGAGAAAAAUAUGCGCCAAAGCCAAACUGCUGAUAGCGAAAUACAACGACGAAACCUCAAACGUCGACGUAGAUGUCAAUAUCGGGUACUACAAAGAGUCAGUGGAAGUUUUCAAUCAAUGGGAAAAAAGUUUGGUAAGUUUGGGCGCCUACUACGAGAAGGUGAGCAGCAGUGAGACCGUAAAGUCUCCUACGGAAAUGUGGGCGCGCCGUACACUAGCACUGAAUAGCUACGGGAAAGCUUUGCAAUACGGCCAUAAGUAUUUAUAUCAGAGCAUGCCGCGGAUGUUGUCUAUAUGGCUCGACGUUGAGGUGACGGCGUCGGAUUCUAGCAUGCACUCAGUAUUGGCUGAAAUGACAGACAUCAUCAAGAGUUAUUCGGAGCGAUUACCUCUGUAUCUUUAUUUGACGGCCUUCUCGCAGAUCGUAUCAAGGAUAUGUCAUCCCGUCCAAGAGGUUUACAAACAAUUAAAAGCGAUAAUAGUGAAGUUGAUAAAGGCGUAUCCGCAUCACGCGCUUUGGAUGAUGAUGUGCGUGAUGAAGUCCGGCUACCCGCAGCGCAAGAAGCGGUGCGCGGACGUGUUCUCUGAGCCGGCGCUGCGCGACGGGGCGCUCGUGCGGCUCGUCGGCGACUUCACGCUGCUCGCCGAGAGACUCAUCGAGCUCUGCAACAAGCCCAUCGCCGGAAACGCGUCGACCACUACAGUCUCGAGCUUGGUACGAUCGUUACCCGUUUGUCUAACAAAUGGAAAAUUCAGCCACAUUAUGAUGCCGUUCCAAGAUUUCUGCAAGAUAGUACUACCUUCAAAAGCAGCCAGACAAGAAAGACUCGACUUCAACAUACCCACGGAACCGCCGGUUUACAUAGCCGGGAUAAAAGAACAUAUAAGUAUAUUACCGUCCCUACAGAAGCCUAGGAAAGUGACGUUAAUAGGGUCAGACGGAAAAGAUUACAUAAUAAUGCUGAAGCCUCGUGACGACCUUCGCAAGGAUUAUCGAUUGAUGGAAUUCAACGGAGUGGUGAACCGGUUCUUGCAAGAUGCUCCCGAAACACGCAAACGUCGCCUGUACAUCCGCACGUACUGCGUCCUGCCGCUUAACGAGGAGUGCGGACUCAUUGAAUGGGUACCGAAUCUCGUUGGCUUAAGGCCUAUAUUGAUACACAUUUACAAGCAAAAAGGUAUGCACACUAGUAAUAAAGAAUUAAAGGAGAUGAUGUGCACAACUAAAGAUCCCGUUGAAAAGAAAAGGAGAAUAUUCGAAGAUCAACUGCUACCUCGUCAUCCUCCAGUCCUCCAAGAAUGGUUCAGAGGUGUAUUUUCGGAUCCUUAUGGAUGGUAUCAAGCCAGAUCGGCGUACAUAAGGACGGCUGCAGUUAUGUCUAUGGUCGGAUAUAUUUUAGGUUUGGGCGAUCGUCACGGAGAGAACAUAUCCUUCGAUUCGACGAAUGGCGACACCGUGCACGUUGAUUUCAACUGUUUGUUCAACCGAGGGGAGAGGUUCGAAUGGCCCGAGAGAGUGCCCUUCAGAUUGACUCACAACAUGGAGGCCGCUAUGGGUCCUCUGAAACACGAAGGAAUGUUCAGGAAGAGCUGCGAAGCCGUAAUGCGGGUGCUGCGCUCGCAAACGGCCGCCCUGAUGUCCGUCAUAGAUCCGUUUGUGUACGACCCGCUCGUGUCGUGGGGGCGCGCCAACCGGGCACCGGACUGCGGGGAGCGGACCAACGAGCAGGCCAUGCAGCAUCUGCAGCAAAUACGGCAGAGACUCAACGGAAUGGUGAGAACAAAGAACAAACAACCGUCACUCUUAUCUCCAGAGGGACAAGUGGAGCAUCUUAUCGUCGAGGCCACCAGCAUACACAAUCUAUGCCAAAUGUACAUCGGAUGGGGACCGUUUUUGUAAAAAAAAAAUCGAAUAAAAUACAAUACAAAUAGCCAUAUUUAAUGUGAUUAAAAGAAUUAAU